UCAACGGCCGGAAUUGGCGACUGCCUAUUGCCAUCCUAGCGCUCUCCCUCCUAGGCCCUGCGACAGACGUUGUGCAUUGCGUUCUUACAUAUCGGAUCGCGGAACCACCUCCCGUCGGCUGUGUUAUUGGUUUGAGCGACGAGGAUCUCACGGAUAAUGCAAAUCGCAACACGAGCUUGCAAUGCCGCUGUGGACGCAUUGGUCUUGUUUGCCACAUGGCGAGUCACCUGGAGCGUAGCCAAGAUUGGCCGUUCCACAGAUCUCAAAGUGUCCCUCACGUCGCUGCUUUUGAGAGACGGGAGCGUUUACUUCGGUGUGCUCUUGAUCCUCAACAUCUUGAAUGCCACAUUGUGGCUUACACACGUGUACAACAACAUCACCGUGUUCUCGAACGUGUUCUCGAUCAUUCUCCUGUCUCAUUUCUUCCUCAACCUGCGCACGGCCGCACUCAACCCUAACGACAGCACGACCGAACAAACCUCACACAUGUCCGACAUCCGCUUCACGAGUGCCCUGGGCAACUUUGGAUCUGCAGUAGCAGGAAGCUCUACCGAUGAUGGCACGGAGCGCGGGGAUGAGCUGGAAUGGUUUGACGAUGACACUGAAACCUACGCAAUGUCGGAUGGACGCUCCCAUUCGGCCUUAGCAACUGGAGAAGCUGGUAGCUCCUUGCGACGGAAAUCGCAACAUGACGAAACUUCUGUAUGAAGGCAGACGGCCGGACGAUGCACGCAUGCUGGCUGAGGCAGCACGCGGAGGUCCUCCUUUUGACCCCUCUUCCGACGACUUCAAUCC